UGCGGACAUGUCUUCGGUCUUACUCUUCCUCCCUCCAAGCAUUCUUCCUCUCUCCAAUUUCGCUGAAUCCAGCUUGCUCUCUCUCACUUUUAUUUCUCGGCAUGGAUUUAGCAGUUCAUCCGAAAAGAUCUGCUCUGGUCAAUCCCUUUUUCUUCGCAUCAUUUUUCUCAGUGUUCUGUAUUUUCAUCACCACCGAUGCUUCCAUCCAUUUCUACCAUGAUGAGCCCUUCAGAGAAGUCGGUAAUGCUUACCUUCUCGCCGGAGGUAGUGAAGGUUUACUAGCUUCUCUCAUCGCCACUCCUCUGUCAGAUAGGAGGAUCCACGAUGGGCGCUCUUAUAUCCGAUUUGAGAAUAUCACCUUUUGGAGAAGCAAAGCUGCUGCUGAUGGGCAUCGACCAAUGGAGUACAGUACUGGGUUGGUACAGGUUGUAAUUUUUGAGGCAGCUGAUCGUGAUAAUAUAGGUGGUUCUGCUUAUGGUGGCCAACGAGCAAUUUGUUGUACCCCUGAUUUAGCUGAAGUGGAAGGUUGUAAGCAAGGGCAAGUUAUUAGGAGACGUUCUGUGACUGACAUUAAUUGGCCCAUCAUUUUAAAUGUACAUUUCAGUGGGAAUUACUUAACUGCAAUGCUAGAUGAUGAAGUUUCCAUCACAAAGACUGGAAUGUAUAAUUUGUUUUUUGUUGCAUGUGACCCCAAACUCAACGAAACAGUGAUGAGUGGCAAGACAAUCUGGAAAAAUCCUGAUGGGUACUUGCCUGGUAGAAUGGCCCCAUUAAAGAAUUUUUACAUAUUUAUGGCAGUUGCUUAUUUAUGCCUUAGCAUGAUUUGGUUCCUUCAGUACUUAAGGUUUUGGAAGGAUAUACUGCUACUCCAGCACUGUAUUACUGCUAUUAUUGCUCUUGGAUUGUUUGAGAUGCUUCUUUGGCAUUUUGAGUACGUCAAUUUUAAUGAUACAGGAAUCAGACCUGUUGUAGUCACUACUUGGGUUGUCACUGUUGGGGCUAUAAGAAAAACUAUAUCACGGCUUAUUAUUCUCUCUGUUUCAAUGGGCUAUGGUGUUGUUCGGCCUACUCUUGGUGGUCUUACCUCAAAGGUGCUUUUGCUUGGUAUAACUUACUUUCUGGCAUCGGAGUUACUGGAUAUUACUGAAUAUGUGGGGACCAUCAAUGACGUCUCAGGAAGGGCAAGGCUCCUUCUAGUUCUUCCCAAUGCUUUCUUGAAUGCAUUUUUGAUAGUAUGGAUUUUCACUUCUCUUUCAAGAACACUAGAACAGUUACAGGCAAAAAGGAGUUCUGUUAAGUUGGAUAUGUAUAGGAAGUUCUCUAAUGCAUUGGCUGUAACAGUGAUAUGCUCAGUUGCUUGGAUAGUUUAUGAGGCAUACUUCAAAGCUACAGAUCCUUUUAAUGAGCGAUGGCAGAAUGCUUGGGUUAUUACAGCUUUCUGGGACAUUAAUGCAUUUGCAUUGCUGUGUGUUAUAUGUUAUCUCUGGGCCCCAUCUCAAAGCUCUCAAAGGUAUGCCUAUUCAGACGAAGUGGGAGAAGAAUCCGAUGAUGAAGAAGCACAGUCUCUCACAAAUGGGAAGCCACAAAGCGAACUAAGUUUAGCCACGCAAGAGAAGAAUGUUGGAGGUGAGAAUGCCUCAUCGGAUCAAGAAGACGACCCUGAGGAAGGCAAGAGGGAAUAAUACUGUUUUGCAACAUAGCCUUACUACAACCCUUACAAAAACGAAAAGGCGUUGAAAAAUUUUGUUUUAAUAGCGUACCAGAGUGGAACAGCAGUGUCAUAUUCUUUCAUUGUCAUGAUUAGAAUAUUGCUGGUAGUUCUUUCGUCAUAUAUGUAAUUAAUGUAUAGCAUGCACUGCAAAGGUUGAUAAUGAAUUCAUAUUAUACGCAAGGCCUUCUCGU